AUGCCCAAACCCGAAGCCAACGCAAAAAAGGACACCAAGGAUAAGCCUAAAGCAAAAGAUCCGUUCCAACAGGGCCACCAUACCAGUGUAAGGCCAUAUCGGAACAACUAUUCCCAACUGGAACUAGAUAUAAUUGCGGACGGAAUUUCAAGACAAGCUUCAAACAAAGAAAUUCUGGAGUCACUCGCACCACAUGGAGACUGGAAUGAGAAUCGCUUGAAGUACGCCACGGGGAACCGUUUUAGUAGGAAAAAUUUAAAGUCGAGUGAUGCUGCGUUUAUCGUAAGAGAAUGCAAGCGUGCCGAGAAAGAGGGGCGACCUAUUCCGAGAUUCCGGCAUUUGGGGAGAUCUGGGCAAAGGGUCAAGGAUCGGGUUAUAAAAAGGAUACUGAAGGAAGAACAUAAAUACGAUAGCAUAAAUUUAGAUGAGAGCGAGGAGCCGCGCAAAGUUAGAGUUGAAGAGCCCGGUGAGGAAUACAUUGAGACUAACUAUUCUGAGGGUGCGAACGUGGGACCCUUUGAAGAAAGGGAUGGAUAUUUCGAAUUAAUACCCGCGGCGGUUCCUUCCUUUGAUACCUUCGGAGCCUCUAGCGCUGGUGCAGUGCUUUCCGAGCGGCAAACUACCACCACGAACUUAAGCUUGCAGGGUCGCUACCUGGAGGCUCUAGACCCUUCCUGGGUGCCCCUAGAGCCAAACAAUGAAUUAUAUCCCGUCGGAGAUGGGUCAAUGGUGCAAUUUCGUCAUGAUACCGCCGUCCCAACCGACUGGGGACCCGAGCCCUCAGACAAUAUCGAUUUAGCGGGUUGGCUUCGAGAAAGUAGCGAUACUGACUUAGAAACUCUGGACGUCUUAAUGAAGAAUUUAGCAUUAGAGCUCAAAAAUAAUUGGGAGUGGAUUGAAUCUCAGACGGGAAGCAACCAGGCGUUAGUAGGUCCCGGACGUUUCGGAGCUCCAAAUGAUAGUUCUAGGAAUCUUGGGCCCACCGAUUCCUCUGAGGUCUGGUCCGAACAGUAUCUCCCAAGGCUAAACCAUUGGAUAAAUACAGCCCAGGUGAUAGCGCUGGAAGGGCUCGCCAGAAUCAUAGCGGAACGUAAGAAAUCGGGUAUUCAAAAUUUAUACACCUGCUAUGAGAAUCUCGUGGAAAGAUGUGAGCCAAUAGAAUCACUGUUUGUGUACUACUCGGACUGGAAUACCAGUAAAAUGGUACCGCCGCCCCAUAUUCUCUUCUCUCUAUUCGAGAGCCCCGACUUAAUCCCCCUGGAAAUCCGGAAAGCCUUUCGCAACAACCUCGUGGAGAUUGAUAUCCCUUCGCCCGACGUACUGGAACUCGAAUCGCAGGAGCUUCGCAGAAUAUUCAAAGCCAACUUCUCGGGGGUUGUACGGACUGUACAGGCCCACCGGAAAAACGAAUACUGGAGUAAAGGACUGAAAUCCACAAUCGUUCACCUGCUUACAAUUGAGGAACGAUUGGGGCACGACAACUAUCUUCUGAUUCAAGCAAUAUUUCGCUUCGCUACCGUCAUGGAGCGGGCUGAGUUGCACGGCAUAAACGACAAAGAUAUCAUCCCUCUUCUUUUCAUACUCCUCAAUAAACUUUCCCGGCUGAAACUGGAAGAUAGCCCGAUUGGAGAUAUUCCACAUGCCCUGAUACACUUAUAUCGUUCGCUUGUGAGAAUUCGACACUUUAGCGGAGCGAAAACGGUGCUCAUGCGCUAUAGGAAGGACAAGAAGAAACUCGGACCUUGGGAUGAAGAACUAUAUCAGAACAAGAUGAUGAUGAUGACCGCAAUGGAGCUUUUGCACAGCAAAGAUGAAAGACAAAGGGCGAAAGGCCUUAGGUACCUUCGGCAAGUAGUGAGGUUUUUCGACAAGAGGACUAAUUCUCUACCAAUGGUCCUCAGGGUCCAAGGAACUUCUGUCGCCUCCUUCGAUUUCUUGCAAAUGGGCAAAUAUUUGAGAUUCGCUGGAUCCGCCGGAGAGGCGAUUACUAGUUUUCUUAUAUCAAUUGAGCAUUCUAGUAGAUUCUCGGGGUACGAACUAUCUCCGCGGAAAUAUGAAGGUGUCUUUGAACUAGGGUUGUGUUAUGAGAUUAUUGGAUUACCUCUGAAGGCGUUGGAGUGCUUCAACGAUGACUAUGAAUAUAGAAAGAGAAUUGGAUUGCUUGAUACAGCUGAUCUGACUCGAGAGGCCUUGAGGCGUAAUCUGCAAAAAUGUAGCCUCUCCCAACAGGUACGGCCAACAAAUCGAAUGAUCCAGCAAGCGAGUUCUGAGAAGUAUCUUUAUGCCCGUCACGAGACGUGUACGCCCAAUUACAAGGAUCAUACAUACUUGGACGAGGAGAGUAGUUUUAUUACUACCGCUGAAGGCUAUGCGGCGUCGUUUUAUCACCGGCUCGAUGAAGAAAAUGGACUAUCGCCUGAUGUAGUUAGCACUACCAUCGGGAUCCUGGAAUAUAUAGAUCCUCGUACUGAUCUUUGA